AUGAUCAACGCGGUCCUCGUCUUCAAUAACAAUGGUCAGCCUCGACUGACAAAAUUCUACACUCAGCUGGUAUGUCCAUCCGGCGCAUCCAAGAUUCCAAGAUCCCAAGAUUCCCCAGCUCACCCAAACCAGGACACCCAAACCCAGCAAUCUCUCAUCGCGCAGAUCUAUCGCCUCGUGUCGCAACGUCCCCCAAGCGCCUGUAACUUCCUCCCCCUUCCGCCCCUCCUUUCCAAAGGCGCCAGCUCCUCCGCCACCGGCCCCUCCGAUACCCCCACCCAAAUCACAUACCGCACCUACGCAACGCUGUCAUUCAUCAUGAUCUCUACAUCUACUGAGUCCCCGCUCGCUCUGAUUGACCUGAUUCAAGUCUUCGUCGAGAGUCUGGACCGUAUGUUCGAGAACGUCUGUGAACUGGAUCUGAUCUUCGGCUACGAGACGCUGCACGCGGUACUUGGGGAGAUGAUCGUUGGCGGAGUUGUUGUCGAAACACAUAUCGAGAAGAUCAUUGCUGGUGUGCGUGCUCAGGAGGGCUCGUUGGGUAAAAAGCGUGCCGUCCAGGCUGCGAAUACUAGUCUGGGACGCGGGGCGCUGCCUGGCUUGGGGGCAUGGCGAUGA